AUGGCUCGACCAACAGCCUCGGAUACCAGUAACGAGCCGGAGCAGAAAAGUCAACAAGCAGUAGAGGAGCACGAGUACAUGGUAAAAGUCGGCUGGAAAGCGCUAUUUGGAUUCACAACCAAAAAGCACCUUCCAAUACUCUCUGGUGCUCUCUUCAGCGCCUUCAUCGCCGCAGCUACACUACCUGUGUUUGCAAUCAUCUACGGUCUCAUCUUCCGCGACUAUACAGAUUAUGGUGCGGGAAAGCUGGAUAGCAGCGGGCUCCGUCGCAGCGUUACGAAUUACUGCCUCAUACUUACUGGCAUCGCUUCGCUCAACUGGAUGGCCAACAGUUUCUACUUCUUCUUUUUCCUUACAUUCGGCGAGCUACAGGCCAGAAGCGCCCGCAACAAAAUAUUCAAUGCAUUGAUCCAAAAGGACAUGGCAUGGUAUGACACUCGCGAGACUGGUAUUGCAGCAUUUCUGCCAGCGAUCCAAAUGCAUAUCCGCGACCUACAACUCUCUGUGUCGGCAACUAUGGGUGAAGGCACUCAAUGUAUCAUUCAAGGACUCGGAGCUCUUGGAGUAGCUUUCUUCUACUCCUGGAACCUCACGCUUGUCAUUCUCUGCACUGUUCCACUAAUUUAUCUCGUCCAAGCAUUCAUUGCGCACCGGCUAUCGAUCCGCGCAAACGAGCAAGAAGAUAAGCUACAAACAGCUCUCAAGUACAUAACGAACGCGGUACAGAGCAUCGAGACCGUCAAAUGCUUCAACGGCGAACGCUAUGAGCUCAAAGUCUUCACCGAUAUCACCGCACUCGCAGCGACUAUAUACAUGCGUGUGGCCAACCUGCGAUCCCUACAGAUUGGUGUCAUGCAAUUCUUCACACUCAGCGUCUUCGUCCAGGGAUUUUGGUAUGGUACUCAUCUUGUAAGGCAGGGGGACAGGAGCAUUGGGCAGGUCAUUACCACAUUUUGGGCUGCUUUGAUGGCUAUCCAGGGUAUCACUGCAUUUCUGCCACAGUUUAUUGUGAUGCAGAAGGGCAGAAGUGCCGGCGCGCAUCUUGGGUUGCUCAUGCACCAGAUCUCUGCAAGCGACCAGAACCAUGAGAUGGACGGCACUCUGAAGCCUGUCCGAUGCCCCGGUGACAUCGAGUUUCGACAGGUCACGUUCUCGUAUCCAACCCGUAUGGAGGAGAUUGCGAUCAGAAAUAUCUCCUUGUUCUUCCCGGCAGGAGAGACAACUUUCGUCAUUGGAAAGAGUGGAUCCGGCAAGAGUACUCUCGGUCAGCUACUCGUGCGGUUCUACCAACCCACAUCCGGAUGCAUCCUACUGGACAGUCUUCCUCUCGACGAGCUCGAUGUCAAAUGGCUUCGAAACAACAUCACCCUUGUUGAGCAGCAUAGCGUGCUUUUCAACGACACCAUUGACCAUAACGUAGCGCUGGGUCGACCGGGCGACACCAUCGCCUUGCACGAGAUCGAAGAAGCAAUCAGGUUUGCAAUGCUAGAUCCCAUCGUCCAAGACCUUCCUGAUGGUCUGAAAACCGAGCUAGGCAUGAAGGGCAGUGCAUUGAGUGGAGGUCAGAAACAAAGAAUGGCACUGGCCCGUGCAAAAGUGCGCGACACACCAGUUCUCAUUCUAGAUGAGUCAACGAGCGCUCUCGACUACAUCACUAGGGGCACCAUUCUUCAGGCAAUACGAACUUGGCGCAAAGGGAAGACUACUGUAGUCAUCACGCACGAUAUCUCCCAAAUUCAGUCUGAUGACUUCCUCUACUUGAUGGAGAACGCUCAGGUGGUGCAGGAGGGCUACCGCAAGGAACUUGAGAACAGGAUUGGAGCCUUUCAAACUAUGGUCGCGUCUCACGAUCAUGAAGAACAGAAUGCCAGUGCUAAUGAAGACUACUCAGACUACAAUGAAGAGACGGACGACAUUUUGUCAAUGUACCAAGACGACUCGUGGAAUCUUCAUAGGCCCAUGCAUCGUCCAAUGUCUGCAGUCUUAUUCGGAGAGAACGUUCUAUCGCCUUUCAUCCAGAAAGGCCGCGAGUCGUUCGCCGGCGGCUUUCUGGGAGGCCUGGACAAGCGCCGUAACAACAAAGACCAUUCGGAGACUUCGAGCGCCAUAGCCUCGAAAAGAACAUCUAUCGCAUCGAUUAAUAUGGCAGGCAUGAAGCCUCCUCCUGGUAUGCCGUCUUCAGCGCCUGGCGAACACCCGCUCCGCGCAUUUAACUCAGGAUCGCCACUGAACAAGCGUAUCUCUGGUGUCAUUGCGUACAAUCGCCCAAUGUCCAUGUCGUCGUCGCAGGAGCAUGGAUCACGCCCGAUAUCUGUGGUGUCGUUGAGACAAGAUUCGCCCCGAAAUUCACGAGUACCUGCAUAUCCUCGACCUCUCUCUGUGUCUGCGAACCACAAGUCGCAGCCCGUGAAAGCGACUAGACGGCAUAAGCUGCGAUCAAAGCUGCACCUGCACCAUCCUUAUCGUGAUUCGGAGCAAGCUGUAUCCACCGAAUCCCUCGCCAUCAUGGACAUCUUCAAGUCCGUCUGGCCAGUUCUACCCUGGCGAUCUCGCAUACUUCUCACCAUGGCCUUCUUCUGCGCUGUCAUACAUGCUAGUUGCACCCCAGUGUUUGCUUGGGUUUUCGCGCAGCUUUUGACUACUUUCUACAACUCGGAGGAUCAGACGAAACGCUCGCUUACGUAUGCCAUGUCCAUCCUCGGGAUCGCUGUACUCGAUGGUGUUGCGGCGUAUUUGCUCUUCUACCUCGCCGAUUCUGUCGCGCAGUCUUGGGCGCACGAACUCAAGGUGGAGGCUAUGCGACGCAUUCUCAUGCAGCCGAUGGGAUUUUUCGAUCGCGAGGAGAAUAGCAUGUCGAGACUUGCAGAGACGCUUGAUCACUUUGCAGAGGAGGCGAGAAAUCUGCCAGGGCGAUUUGCAGUCAUCUUCAUCGUCAUUAUGUUCAUGAUCUGCAUCGCUAUCGUCUGGAGUUUGGCGAUUUCGUGGAAACUGGCCCUCGUUGCUUUGGCUUGUGGACCGAUACUGUUCGCUAUUACGAAGAGUUACAAUAUGAUUAGUAGUCAUUGGGAGAGACUUGCUAAUGAUGCAGAUGACAAGGUCGGCCAGCUGCUCCACGAGACGUUCAUCAAUAUCCGCACCGUACGCUGUCUCAAUCUCGAAGACUACUUUCGCCGCAAGUACAAGCAAGCCACCACCGACGCAGUCAAUCUCGGCAUCAAACGCGCCUUGUACUCGGGUUCGAUCUUCGGCCUCAAUUUCUCCGGCGUGCUGUUCGUCGCUAUCCUGCUCUUCUACUACGGGGCAGUCCUCGUAUCCACGAACCAAUACACAGUCACGCAAAUCACAGAGACAUUCCUGAUCCUCAUGCUCAGCGUCAACCACAUAAACUACAUGGGCCACUACAUAACCCAAAUCAACAUCUCCCGCGAAGCCGCCUCGCGCCUCCUCCGCCUCGCACGCAUGCCCACCACCUCCCACGAACUGAUUGGUAACAUCACCAUCGCAUCCACCGGCGCCAUCGAAUUCCGCAACGUGAAUUUCACGUACCCCACGCGCAAGGACUACCAAGUCCUUCAUGACGUCUCCUUCACCAUUCCGCAUGGAAGCUGCACCGCCAUCGUCGGCUCCUCCGGCUCCGGGAAAUCCACGAUAGCAUCGUUGUUGCUGAAACUCUACCAGACCGACACGCCCUCGCUCGCCACGCCCGAUCUAUGUGUCGGCGGGACGAAUGUGAAGACGCUGGAUACUACCUCUUUGCGCUCACACAUGGCUAUUGUCUCGCAAUCACCCACCGUCUUCCCGGGCACCAUCGCCUCGAAUAUUUCAUACGGCUUAUCGCCAUCCGAUCCCCUCGCGAGCAUGCAAAGUAUACGCGCCGCUGCCGACGCCGCCGGCGUGGCCGACUUCAUCGACAGCCUGCCCAACGGGUACGCCACGCUGAUCGGCGAAGGCGGCACAGGGCUCUCCGGCGGACAAGCGCAGCGCGUAGCCAUCGCGCGCGCCCUCGUGCGGCGCCCGGAUAUCCUGAUUCUCGACGAAGCAACCAGCGCGCUGGACGUAGCGUCCGCGGGGAUCGUGCGCGAUACGAUUCGCAACCUAGUACGCGGCGCGGAGACGGGCGUGGGCAGUCCGUCGACGAGUCCGCGGUCGAGGAGUGGCGGGUUUUGGGCGGAGGAGGUGGCGAAGGGGAAGGAGGAGAGGAGGAAAAUGACUGUGGUUAUUAUCACGCAUGCGAGGGAGAUGAUGGCGAUUGCGGAACAUGUCAUCAUGUUGGAUAAGGGAAGGGUUGUGGAGCAGGGGAGUUUUGGGGAGUUGAAGAGGAAGAAGGGGGGGGCGUUUGGGCGGUUGUUGAGGGGGGAGAAGGAGGGAUUGUAG